GAGAGAGAGAGUUGAUUAAUGAUUAUUUUGUAUUACUUCAAAAUGAUUAAACUUAAUUUAAUUGUAUGUAAAGAUCGUGGAUUCUAUUAAACGAGUCCAAUCGCUGGAUUGGCAUUAAACACGAGCCGAGACUUGCGCUCACCCGCACUCGCAUUGAAAGCGAUGAGAUAUGGGUGGACGCGCCCGAUAUGCCAACUCUUAAACUUAGAUACAUUAAACAAAUUAACAGCAAUCACAAUCUAAUAUCUACUAGAGUGUACGGACAGCACAUAAAAGGCAUAGUUUGCAGCGAUGAGGCAAACGAUUGGUUUCAAACAUUUCUGGGUAAACCGGGUAUACGUCUACUACAACAUCACCCGAGCCUUGACUACAGAGACACCAAUUCAGACCAAAGGAGAUCCGAUGACAAACUCUAUCCCAUUAUCUAUCAAAACAAAUCGGGUCUCCAUUUGAUUAACGAGAGUUCAGUGCGUGAUCUCAACUCACGCUUCACAGAAGGCGCCGAUCACGUGACUUAUGAGAAUUUCCGGCCAAACGUUUUGGUCGAUUACCCGCACCCCUGGGCUGAAGACAAGUGGCUGUGGAUGCGAAUUAACAAGCUCAAAUUUAUGCAACUAAUGAACUGCGAUCGUUGUCCGUCCACAACAGUUAACACCGAAACCGGUGUUAAAAAUAUGGAGACUUUAGUGGCGUUGAAAACAUUUCGUGCGCCGACUGGAGUGACAAAGAAGAAGGGUUUGGGUCCGAGUUGUGGACUU